GAUUUUUACUUCCUCGUCCGCAACUUUCUCCCCGUCCGCACCGUGGUCCUAGUGUAGAUGAACAAGGAGACAGGAAAAGUAGAAGUAAACAAAUAGAGCGCAGCAAAGGAAAUCCUUCAGCAACGUCUACGCCAACCGAAGAAGAGGUAUCCACUAUGGCUACUUCUGAGAGUCCACCGCCUGCUCGCACCACAGCACGAAGCACCGCGCAGUCGAGUCUCUGGUCUGAUGUCGAUGCUGAAUUAUCGUGGACCCUAAAACCUGAUGAGAAACCAUGCACACCGAUUUUCCAUGAAAAGCCUCUUUUUUUUGUUACGGCAUCCCCUAAAAAAGAUCCAUCUCCAGAAGCAUCGCGAAGCUGUAGAAGUCAAGUGUCUCAAAAGGGGAAUAAAACAGAUCGGAGAUGAGUCGCAAGAUGGACGAUUAGGGCGGUCUCUAAUUGUGGCAGUCUACUAGACAGCUCUCUACGUUCAAGCCGAAAAAUGUCACACGUCAGCUGCAGAAGCCGUAAUUCCUCCAAUUUUAGUGGUAGUUCGUCCAGGAAUAGUACUGCGUCAACGUCAUCAAGCAGAAGUAGUUCUCUACUUGGAGCAGGUCGUAACACCAGUGAAGAAGUAGAAGUUGGACUUUCGGACCAGCAUUUUGACCUCGAAGCUGGUGCUGCUCCUGCACAUCAUUGCAAAGGAGAGACCAAAACAAGAAGAAGAACUACCACCUCCUCUCAAGAUGAACGUGAAGAACGUAAUAAAGCAUUUUCCACCCAUUCCAUUUCCAGCGGUCCAAUAGCUGCCAGUCUUUUGAGAACGAAUUGGCGCACUUGUGUUUUAAAUGGAGACAAAGCAGGUACCGUUACAGUUCCCGAUGUGAACGCAUCCGCUUCUUACUUCUUCGGAGGUGACGAGGACGCUUGUUUAUUUCUGGGAGACAAGGCAGGUGCGAGGACUAGAAGGACAAGCACAAGGAAGUUAACUGGCGGUGGAAUGGAUCCACACCAUGGCUUAUUUCUCCUAAAUGGCAUCUACGAUGAACGAGAUGGCGUCGCAGUUUGGAGUGAAGAUUAUCCGAACCUUAGAUUAAGGCCUCCCCUAAAAAUCCAUCUUUGUUCAGUAGAAAAGUGGCCACAGAUUUAAAUAUCGACUUUGAUACACAAAAGUGGCCACAUCCAUCUGCAAUAGUUAGCUGUUUACACAGGUGAGGAAAGUGGUCACAGAUGAGGCAAAAGAUGGACUCUUGCUGGAUUGAGUUCUAACUAAAGGCGCUAAAGUUUACGUCCGUGUCCAAGCAAGGGAAUUGGAUUUGGAGGAAAAAGAGGUGGCUGAUCAUCAUGUUCCUGCGGCAACAAACGGUAAAGAAAAUGCGCGUACGAUUUUCAACAAAGUGAUCGACUCUGCAUAUGAAGGGGCAUGUGACCUUGCUCAAGCUACGAAGAAACGCUUUUUGAAAACGAGGAGAAAACUAGAGUUAUCUGAAAAUAUAUCGUCUUCGAGAAAAAGGCCACAUCAUGGAGGAGGUCAAGUUUCUCCAAGAAGAACACGUCGACGCAUCACUUCUAGAAGACGGGUGCGCGCUUUUCAAGGAAAAUAUGUUUGUUUACCGGGACGUGGCAGUGGAACUCUGUGCCUCGUCGAAGAAGGCCGACAUCUCGUUGCGGAGGACAUUGAUAUUGAUACAAGAGGCGCCAUUAAAGCAACAUCUAGUACUAAUUUUGCACUUGAGGAGCAUACAACAAAAUCAAAAAGAAAGACAUCCUGUUCAUCUAUUGAGAAUAUAGGUAGAAGUACUGUAACAUCCGCUCGUUGUUCAUCGACAUCUGGUGGUUUAUCUAGGGGAAUCACAUCCAACUCACCAGAGUCAAUUUUGUUAAGUAGUUUUGGUCAAGAUGACGAGCAUAAAAAUAUUGAAAGUUCAUCAAGUAGAACAAGUAGUUCGAGUAAUUCAAGUGCAAACUACGACUUCAAGUUGGUAGAGAUAGAUACCCUAGUACGAGCAGCGCUGCAACGUGCUCGGCUUGCGCGGCCUUCAGCGGGAAAGCGGUCACGCUUCUCACGAAAUCAAAGCCUUGCACUAAAAACAUUCGAGGACUGCAGCUUUGACAGAAGAUUAUCGAGUUAA